AGUCGUCCGGUCCCGGGCCCGGGGUGCGGGGGUGGGGGCGCAUGGCGGGUCCCGGCCUGUGGCUGCGCCGGGCCUGGACGCUGCUGCAGGUGUCGGUGCACGUGUUGCUGGGCAAGGCGCUGCGCCGCCUCUUCCCCGCCGCCUCUCGCCGCCGCCUCCUGGACCGGGGCCGGGCCGGGGGCGUCGCCGGGAACCCCCGCUUCGCCUACGAAGACUGGGGCCCCACUUUCUUCAGCCGCCAGUACUUCCGCUUCGUCCUGAAGGCCCAGUGGCAGCGGCUGGAGGACCGGGCGCUGCUGGGGGAAGGCGCCCCCGACUGCCCCGUGGUGGACCUCCGAGGCCGAGCGCGCCGCAUCGGGGACUUCGCCCGAGGGAGCAGGCCGCUGGUCCUGACCUUCGGGAGUUGCACCUGACCUUCGUUUCUCUUCAAAUUCGACCAGUUCAACCAACUCGUCCAGGACUUCAACUCCAUAGCUGAUUUUCUCAUCAUCUACAUCGAAGAAGCUCACCCCACAGAUGGCUGGGCUUUCGCCAACAACGUGGACAUCCCAAGCCACCGGAGCCUGCAAGAGCGGCAGGAGGCGGCCCGGCGGCUGCUGGCCAGGGGCCCCCGCUGCCCGGUGGUGGUGGACACCAUGGAUAACGCCAGCAGCCGGCAGUACGCCGCCCUGCCCGAGAGGCUCUACCUGCUGCGGGAAGGGAAGGUCGUCUACAAGGGCGGGCCGGGCCCGUGGAACUACAACCCGGGCGAAGUCCGGGCGGUCCUGGAGAAGCUCAGCUAAGGGUCAGGCCGCAGCCCCCGCCGCCUGGGACUCAGGGGUCCCCCAUCCACCGUGCCCCGUUCCCAUCCCGCCGGGAGCCCCGUCAGAAACGCGGCUUGGGCAACGGGGAGGGGGAUCCCCGUCCCUCAGGCCGGCACCCCACGCGACCGAGCCCACCAGAGGAGUGGCCUGGGACGGGUGUUGGUUGCCGGCCGGGGGGGCACAGGGAGAGGUGGGAGGGGACAGGGAGCCCGCAUCACACCCGAGCAUCACACCUUCCCAUUUCCCCAGCCGAGGGAAUGAGGCCCUCAGAAAGUAGGUAUCUGAUUAACAGCUUCCCCGCCGCACCGCGUCCCCGAGGAACCGAGGAACCCGGCGGUUGGGUCGGGAGUCUGGUCCGCUCGGCCGCCCGGCCCUCCCCGGCCCUCCGGCCGCAGAUGCCCGGGUUGGUUUUUCAACAUCUCCUUCUCGGAUGCAGUGCGUCGCCUGUUGGCCCUGAGAACCCUGGACACCCGCCCUCCCCUUCUUCCCGGGGCCACCCCCCUCCGCUCCCCCCGCGACGGGGCCCGGCCCGGCCGGAUCCCGGCCGAGCGGUCACCCUGCUCCCGCACCGCAGCCGAGGCGAGAGGCCCGCCCCGGAUCCGGUUCCGUGAAUAUUGGUUUAUGAGGGUCACAGUGUAAAGCGCAUGCAGCUGUGACUUGAUCUGAGAAAAUAUUUCUGCGGCAGGGAUCUGAGGCACGGGAUUAAAACUCAUCAAAGGCCCGGUGGCGUCCCA